GGCUGGCGUCCGAUACAUUUUUAUUAAUUAAAGAUCUAAUAUUUCCCCUUAUUUCAAAUUGUGAUUUGACUUUUCGUCUUAAAAUGUCUGCAGGAGCUCCAACGUGCUCUAUUUGCAAUGCUCGUGAAACGACUGGCUUCAACUAUGGGGUGUUGUGUUGUGAUGCUUGCAAAAUGUUCUUCCGACGUACACUCUUCGUAAAGAACAUCAACUCGUGCCAUCGACUCGGUGAGUGUAUCAGAAAAUGUCGUUCCUGCCGCUUCCAAAAAUGCAUUCAAGCCGGAAUGGUUUUCACGCCCACCAAAAAUACGUUGGAGCCAACAAAUAAUGACCAGUUAUCUGCGUUCUUAUUCAACUUGGCUCAUCAAGAAGAGCUUCGGAAGUAUCAAUUGGUGAAUUGCUGGUACGAUGGAGAUCCGACUAUUGCAGAGAUUGCCGAACAAAAUGCUCCGAUAAAAUUCACAAAAAGACCCGACGGAUUUCCGAUGAACCUCGGAGAAUGGAUUUUCAUCACUGGGCUCACUUCGUUAAACUACCUCAAAAAGUUCAAUCAUGUCAAUAUGCUAAACGCCUCGGAUCGGCAUUUUCUUCUUAAAUAUUCAUUUUACGAAAUUUCAAUUUUUACGGAUUCAAUGAGAGCUUGUGAAAGAAAGGAAGAAAGCAUAACGUUUCCAGACGGGUCCGAUAUAAUUAGUGAAGCAGUUCCUGGAUUGGAAAUGAGCUUUUUAAAUGGUAUCAGGUGUCGAUUAGCGGCAAGAGUUAAUGAUUUGAAAAUGACAAAAGAGGAGUUCCUGUUGCUUUCUGCGGUGUUUUUCUGCAAUCCUGGUUUUCCCGGAAUAUCAAAAAGUGGCUGUGAUAUACUGUCCACAUAUCAGAAGAUCUACAGCUCUGCACUUCUUCAGUAUUGCCUGGUGACGUACCAAAAGGCAGGACCUACUAGAUUCACAGAUCUACUAGCAGUGUUUCAAGUUAUUAUCAAAAUGCGUCAAGAUUUAUCGUAUCUUUCGACUUUUCUGUCAAUUUGUGGAUUUGCGGUUACGAAGAAGAAGCUCUACAAUUGUUGACUUUCAUUUUUUACUUUUUCUGAAAUUAUCUGAUUAAAAAUUUUUUCUUACA